AAUUUACUAAUAAGGAUAUUGUAAUUUUCAGAUGAUCCGGUGUUUACAGAAAUCAUACGUCAAGCAGAGUUAGCAAUAGAGAAUAAUAUCUUGCCAGAGAGAAUCUAUCAGGGGUCCAGUGGCAGUUACUUUGUUAAAAAUCCUGCUGGGAAAACGGUGGGGGUGUUCAAACCAAAGGAUGAGGAGCCGUAUGGAAGGUUCAACCCCAAGUGGACUAAGUGGAUGCACAAGCUGUGCUGUCCCUGCUGCUUCGGUCGGGCUUGCCUCAUCCCCAACCAGGGUUACUUGUCCGAGGCUGGCGCCAGUCUUGUAGACCAGAAACUUCAACUCAACAUUGUUCCUAAAACCAAGGUUGUAAAGUUAGUCAGUCCCACAUUCAACUAUCCAAGGAUAGCCCGGGGCAAGUCUCAUGUGAAACAUGCCAUCAAUGAUCACUUCCCCACCGUGGGCCGACACUUUCAUAGGCUUGGCUUAAAGCCCAAGGUAGGGUCGUUCCAAGUGUUUGUGGAGGGCUACAAAGACGCAGAGUAUUGGCUGCGGCAGAUGGAGCUGGAGCCGCUCUCGCCCUACCUGCAAGAACAGUUUCGACUGCAGUUUGAGCGGUUGGUCAUCCUGGAUUACAUAAUCCGCAACACAGACCGUGGUAACGACAACUGGCUCAUCAAGUACACCUCACCUAACAUUACCAUCACACCCAUUCCUCCGCCGGCUCAGCCACCCCCAUACUCGGGCGACACCGAGAUGCAGGAUGCCACGGAGUGGAACAUCGUGGAUCGGCCUGAGGUGAGCAUUGCCGCGAUAGACAAUGGAUUGGCAUUCCCCUUCAAGCAUCCAGACUCCUGGCGAGCGUAUCCCUACCACUGGGCAUGGUUGCCUCAGGCCAAGGUGCCCUUCUCCAACCACAUCAAGGACCUCGUCCUGCCCCAGCUCUCGGACAUGAAUUUUGUCCAGGACCUCUGCGAUGAUCUAUACCAUCUAUUCAAGCAAGACAAGGGGUUCGAUCGUCACCUUUUUGAGAAGCAGAUGAGUGUGAUGCGCGGCCAAAUCCUGAACUUGACCCAGGCUCUCAAGGAUAACAAGAGUCCUGUGCAGCUUGUGCAGAUGCCUGCUGUUGUAGUUGAGAGGUCUAAGGGCAGAGUUGGGACAACUUCAAGAUUUAGAUCGUUUAGCGACACCUUCACUCAGCGCUUCCAGAAUAAGAGCCCCUUCUUCUCCUGGUGCUGAUACCAUGGAGCAGCACUGAUGUGCCUUUACUGCUGGAUGGUGUUUGAGGCGAACAUAACUGUAAUCAAUGUGAUAAAGCUGCACUCAAUCCCUCAUAUAUUAUACACCCCCUUGUUUACCACAGCUUUGGCCUCAAUGUUCUAAUCUAUUUCAAUCAGAUUUUCAUAAAAUAUAUUUAUCCAUACACUUUACAUAAAGUUUUUGUGAAUUUUCACCGUAUUAUCUAGGCCGUACGUAAAUGAUUUUUUAAAUCGUUUUUUUUUACAAAUUGUAAUUUUAAUUUUGUACAUUGUUGCUUUAGUUGUGCUAUUUAAUUUUAAUGUAUCAACAAGAAAUAUGUUUUAAUGAUUAGGUCGCUUUGAUAAUAAUCGAUUAAUUAUUUUAAGUGAAAACAGCUUAAUCCAAACAUAUGUUAUUUAAGUGCAUAAGGCUUAAAGUCGUUACUUUGUGUUAGUUGUUCAAAUGAUUCUUAACUUAUUUAUUGUGAAGAAUGUGAGCAUGCCGAGGUAGCAGAGGUGCUGAUAAAUUGUUCUUAUAUUUUAAAUUAAUGGAAAUUAGUAAUACUAUUAUCCAAAUAGAGUAAAUUAAGGCUAGUAAUGUGUUAAAAACGGAUAGGUACAAUUUGUUUGAUAUUGACAUAAACAGGGUGUUCAGUAACUUUUUAUCUGGAGUAUUUAUGUUUUAAUGUUAUUUUUAGUCUGUUUAUUCUAAAACACUACUCGAUCGUAUAACACUAAUAAAUAAUUUAAUAUACUGUAAGUGUUGUAAUAAAGAAAUGUUUGUGAAACAAACUCACUUAUUGUGAACUCUUACUGAACAUAUCAUUGAUAUAUUACCUCAAUUGUGAUGGAAUCGUAUUGAGUACAACUAACGGAGUACAUUACGAACCAAGACACUGCUGCCUCCAAGCUAGUCCUCUACUGUGAUAUAAACGAUGCUUCUUCAACUGAAGUUGCCGUAUCUGCUGUUUUAGACAUGAAAAGGUAGUUCAAGCCUGUCAAAAAACUAUGUAAAGCAGUUGUAAAUAAAGUUUUAAAAUAUA